CCUCGGUCUGUCCUUUUUGAGCCGACUGCUAUUGACCAUAACUCCAUAGUUUUGAAUUCAAUUCAACGAACAAAGUGAACUAAUCACGAGUGAAAUUCAAAGUCUUUAAAUUUAAUUUGAACAGCAAACAACAGUAACAACCAACAACAGCAAUCAAGAGUCACAACCAACAACAGCAGCAACAACAGCAACAACAACAUUAGAUUUCUCAAUCAACCAGAUGUCUUCUUCUACUUUCUUCUGUGUUUCAGGUUCGAAACAGUGCAGUGGCUGCGGCUGCUGUGAGCAGAGCCCAAGGCGGACGCUCCGCCACAGCAACCCGGAAUUGGGUUCUCGCGCCUCGGCCACUUUCCCUGCAUAUUCAAUCCGAAAGUCACACUCUCUGGAUUGGGGUGUUGGGCCUGUUGCUGCUCCACAAACCUUGCCCCUUCCAGAAUCUUCGCUGAUUCAGAGACCGGACGGGGUUCCUAAACAAGGGCAGGGUGAAAAUCAAGUUGCCACAACCUCCAUAUCAGUACCGCUGGCUUCUUUCUCCAGCUGCAUUCAUCCAGAUGAAAAUGCUUGUGGGGGUUGUUUUAACUUUUGUCUCCCGACGAAAACUCAGGCAAAUGAUAUCUCAAGCCAUACUUUUAGCCUACAAAGAUCAAACACUCUGGAUGGUUUUUAUAGUCCUCCAGUUAGCCCCCGAAGAACAAAUGCGGCCGCAGAUCCUUUACCUUCUUUUGGGGGUCCCCAAGAUCACUAUCAGGAUUCAUUCCCUUCGAGGUUAUUACCAAAGGGACAAUCUCGUAGUCUUGGUCAUUCUCCUCUUCACAACCCCCCGUCUCGAAGUCAACGCUUCAACCCAAAAGGUUCAAAUGGAACUGCAGUCACAGAGAGUUGUUCUGAGAGGGUUGAAAGUAGUAGUCGCGUCAGUGCUCACCCCUUGCCUCUGCCUCCUUCACCACAGUCAUCUAUCAUGCAUAACAAUGCCGAAAUUUUACCAGUAUCAUGUAUUAAAGGACAAUGGAAGAAGGGAAAACUUAUUGGCAGGGGUACCUUAGGCAGUGUUUAUCUCGCAACCAACCGAGAGACCGGGGCAUUGUGCGCAAUGAAGGAAGUUGAUCUCAUUCCUGACGAUCCUAAAUCUGCAGAAUGUGUAAAGCAAUUGGAGCAGGAAAUUAAAAUCCUCCGUACACUGAAGCAUCCAAAUAUUGUGCAGUAUUAUGGUAGCGAAGUAAUUGAUAAUCACUUCUGCAUAUAUCUGGAGUAUGUUUAUAUUCGGCCCGGAGCCAUUGAUAAAUAUGUCCAAGACCAUAUUGGAGCUAUGACGGAAUCUGUAGUUCGCAAUUUCACUCGCCACAUCCUCUCCGGGCUGGCCUUUCUGCAUGGCACGAAGAUAAUUCACAGGGAUGUAAGGGGUGCAAAUUUGCGUCUUGAUGCAUCAGGAGUUGUUAAAAUUGUCAAUUUUGGGAUUGCAAAACACCUCAAUGGGCAAUCAGAUAAUGUUUCUUUGAAGGGCAGUCCGAACUGGAUGGCUCCUGAGGUCAUAAGGACUGCAAUGCAGAACAACGCGGAUCCUGAUUUACCUUUGGCCGUUGAUAUAUGGAGCUUGGGUUGUACCAUCAUUGAGAUGUUCACUGGAAAACCUCCUUGGAGUGAAUGUACAGGACCUCAAGUUAUGUUCAAGAUGCUGAACAGAAUCCCAGAUAUUCCCGAAACAUUGUCUGCAGAAGGAAAGGACUUCCUCCAUUGGUGCUUUCGGAGGGACCCUGCCAAGAGACCAUCGGCUGCUGAGCUACUUGAACAUCCAUUUGUACAUGCACAAAACCCUUGAUUUUAGUUGUACAAUUAAACCAAUAGAAAAAUGGGGAUUUUUUGAACGAAAAUUCGAAUGGUAACUGGGUCAUCCGGUUUCACCAUCUGAUUGCUUAAGAGCAUCUCUAAAGGAGAUGUCAAAAUGUCCACAUAAAUUAUAACAGUAAAAAAAAAACCAUAUUAAUGUUCUCCAACCGAAAUGCCAACUCCAAUGUGGCAAUGACAUAAAUUGGCUGCAACUUCAAAAUUAAUUAUUAAUUUUUUCUAUUGGUUUAAUCAUUAUUAUAACGAAUACUG